UCGCUCMGUAUCCGACGUGAAAGGUUUYGGUGUUGUGAUUUUACCUGAGACAGGAUAAGUUCAAAACUAAGAUCAAAAUAUGUUGGUUGCGAUUGGGUUCUUUGUGAUAAUCCUAGGAUUAUUGGCCUAUUUAGACACCAAAAAACCAAAGAAUUAUCCUCCGGGACCGUCAUGGCUACCAAUCAUAGGCAGUGCCCACACUAUAAAAGAAUGGCGAAAAAAGGCCGGUUAUUUAUACAAAGCAACCGCCGAAAUGGCCGAAAAAUAUGGACCUGUGAUUGGCUUAAGAGUGGGAAAAGAUUUGGUAGUAGUGGUUUAUGGUAAAAACCAAAUCCGCGAAUUUCUGACUUCGGACGAUUUAGCAGGGAGGCCCACUGGUCCAUUUUUCGACAUGAGGACUUGGGGCGAACGACGAGGAGUUUUAUUGACUGACAGUGAUUUUUGGCAAGAGCAACGCAGAUUUAUUCUGCGCCAGUUGAGAGAGUUUGGUUUUGGGCGCAAAAACAUGUCGUCAAUGAUCGAGGAAGAGACAGGAAUUAUGGUUGAAAGUUACCAAAAAAUGCUCGCUGGGAAGAAAUCAGUGAUAUUAAACAUGGAAUCAGCGUUCAAUAUCCACAUUUUGAACACUCUGUGGAUGAUGAUGGCCGGGAUUCGGUACAGUCCUGAAGAUAAAAACCUGAAAAGUCUUCAGGACAUUCUGGGGAGAUUGUUUUCAACAGUCGAUAUGGUGGGGGCUCCUUUCAGCCAAUUCCCGAUUUUGAAAUUCAUCGCUCCUGAAAUUUCGGGAUACAAACUGUACGUGGAGACACAUCUCCAACUAUGGGAGUUUUUGUACGAUGAACUGAAACGACACAAGGAAACUUGGGAUGAAAACAAUUUGCGCGACUUCAUGGACGUGUACCUGAAAAUGCUCAACUCACCCGAGUGCAAAGAGAGCUUCUGCGAGAAGCAACUUUUGGCAAUUUGCUUAGAUAUGUUUAUGGCCGGAUCGGAAACGACAAGUAAAAGUCUCGGUUUCUGCUUUUUGAACCUGAUAAUGUAUCCAGAUGUCCAGAAGAAAGCGCAGCAAGAAAUCGACGCCGUCAUAGGACGUAACAGACUUCCAAGUUUGGAAGACCGACCGCAGAUGCCCUAUAUGGAGUGUGUAGUUUUAGAAGCUCUGCGAAUGUUCUCCGGCCGAGCUUUCACCGUCCCUCAUCGUGCUUUCAAAGAUACGCAUUUAAAUGGCUACAUCAUCCCUAAAGACACGAUGGUGAUUGCAAAUAUGCAUGGGACUUUAAUGGGGCCGGAGAGCGGCGUCGAAGACCCCGAAACAUUCAAACCGGAGAGAUAUUUAAAAGAUGGGAAAAUCACUUUAGCUGACACUUACCUCCCCUUUGGUUUCGGAAAACACAGAUGUUUGGGCGAAACACUUGCCCGAGCUAACGUUUUCUUAUUCACUGCUUCUCUUUUGCAACAUUUCAACUUUUCCAUCGUUCCGGGAAGUCCACCCACCACCGAAUGCAUCGACGGAGUCACGCCUGGACCUUUGCCGUUUAAAGCACUUGUGACACCACGAGAUUGAUUAGAUUUAGAGUUUUAGUUUAAUGUUGUUUUGCUGUGCCAAAUGAAAAAUGUUAACAGGAAAUAAACAAAAAAAUUGUAUAAUAGUUUAAUUAAAAAAGAUUGACAAAAAUAUAACACGCGUCAGAACAUAAUGUAAAAAAGUAAGUAUUUCGAGAUUUUUUCUAUUAACUUCUGUCUAAUACAAUUGUGGGCUUAAUAAUAAAAAACAUUGGCAGGCA